AUGAGUUUCACUCCACCACCUCUAUCUGUGUUCACUGGAGAAAACUAUCACAUUUGGAUAGUUAAAAUGAAGACUUACCUUCAGGCACAUGAUCUCUGGAGUGUGAUCGAGAAUGAUACUGAACCAUCUCCAUUGAGAGCCAAUCCCACUAUUGCACAGAUGAGGCAACAUGCUGAGGAACGAGCUAAGAAGCACAAGGCUAUGGCCUGUCUGCAGAGUGGAGUGUCUGAUGUGAUAUUCACACGCAUCAUGGCAUGUGACACACCUAAGCAGGCCUGGGACAAGCUGAAGGAGGAGUUCAUGGGGACUGACAAGACAAGGCAACAGCAGGUGAUCAACCUCAGGAGAGACUUUGAAAAUUUGAAGAUGAGGGAGUCUGAGACCAUCAAGCAGUACUCAGACAGGAUAAUGGCCAUUGUCAACAGCAUUAGGCUCCUGGGAGUGGACUUCACAGAGAGCAGAGUUGUUGAAAAAGUCAUUACAACUCUCCCUGAGAAAUUUGAGUCAAAAAUCUCUUCACUUGAGGACUCGAGGAUUUAUCACCAUUUCAUUGUCUCGAGUGAUAAACUCCCUGCGGAUAUUCAUGUAGAAAGUGUAAGCGGUUUGGCCAUGUGGAGAAGGUGUGCAAGGGCAAACCAAGGGAGGCCGCUCUGCAACAAGCUAGACUCACUGAGGACAUUCAAGCUCGGGAGGAGCAUGUGUUCACAAAGAACUUGUUUUGUUGGCACAACCAAGGCCAAGAAUGAUUGGCUACUAGACGGUGGUUGCUCACACCAUAUGGUCGCAUAUGAGAAGUCGCUCAAGGGCCUAGAUAGAAGCUUCCACUCGAGGAUUAGAAUUGGAGAUGGCAGGCUGAUUGAGGCUAAAGGCAAGGGCAAUGUGUUGAUUAGCACUGGUUCAGGUAAUAAGCUGAUCUCAGAUGUGUUUUUUGUACCUGACUUAGACCAGAAUCUGCUUAGUGUUGGCCAAUUAGUUGAAAAGGGCUAUACAUUGGUUUUUAAGGAUGGUUGCUGUAUUGUUCAAGACAUGAAUGGUCUGGAGAUAGUCACUGUCUCUAUGACUGAUAGGUGCUUCAUGCUGGAUGUUAGCAAAAUAGAAAGAAAGGCAUACACCAGCCUUGUUGAAAGAACUGACUUGUGGCAUAGGAGACUAGGCCAUGCAAAUUUCAGAUCCAUCGAUCUACUACAUAGGCUGAAUUUGGUUGAUGACAUUUCAAAAAUUGAAGUUAGUGGGAAUGUUUGUGAAGUUUGUCAGCUUGGUAAGGUGCUAGAUCGCUUUUUCUCACGACAAGGCUUGGAGAGCUCGAAACAAGCUCGAAUUGGUGCACUCGAUGUUUGUGGCCCUAUGAGAACACUUUCAAUCGGUGAGAACAGUACUUUGCCUGCUUAUAGAUGA